CGUUAGAGACACUCAUUAAAUGUGGAGUUGCUGAUAACUCAUUAAUAAAAUGAUCUACGUCUCUAGCGCUUUUGCUUUUUUAAUUGCUAUGAUAAAAUAAAAUAACCGGUUGAAUCGAACAACGUCACAACGCGAGUUAUUCCAAUAGCACCGAGUAUUUGUAAAAUAAUUUGAAGUACCAGCAAAAGUGACAAAAGAUUUACAAACAAUAAUAAUAUUACUGAGAAGCAAAAACACAAAAACGUUGAGCACAACAAACAACUUGAUUGAAGCAAAUAUUGCCUGAAAACUAUAUACAUAUCAACAAUACAGAUAUACAAUUAUAUAUCGACAUAAAUAACUUAGAUCACACAAAAUGCUGAAGAAGCAAGUCAAACACAGAACUGGCCCGAUCUACUGUGGUGCCACAUUGAUAGGAGUCGUACUCCUGGUCGUGAUUCGCCUCUUGCCGGGCAAUCAUUUUGGGGUAUACGCUCUGGGGGAGGGGAAAUAUCACGAGCGAAAUGGCAUACACACAAGGUGUAGCUUUUUCGAUACGGUAGAUUUGACGGGGUCUCCCUCGUUUGAGAAUGGUAGCUACAGUUACAUGGGUGUCCUGAUACCCAGUCAUGAGGUGGGCACUUUCGACUAUAUCUACAAGCAUCUGGGGGAUCGAGUGGAUGUACCUGAGCAUAAGCGUGCCUGCAUCUGUAAAAUAAAGUCCUGCAUUAAUAUCUGCUGUCCGUGGGGACAGAUCUACAAAGAUAAUGGUUGUGAAAUUGAUACGAGCACAAAGCUAUGGCCAGAAAAACUGAUGAAUGUCACAUUGAAUAACGGUUCCAUUCAGACUGUCGACAUUGAAGAAAAGUUUGUGGUGCAGAGUUUUAGACCCUGCACGGAGAUGUUUGCCCUGCAGCCGGAGCUUAGCUCCUACGACACCUAUCAGCUGUAUGAGAAUGGUUCGCUACUGCGGGAGGACGAUAUGCUCUAUAUACACAAGGACGAGUUCUGUCUUGUGCCCACCUAUGUCAACGAUACGGAUAUCUAUUACUCAAUAAAUCCAGCAAACUGCAAUAUGUUAAGUGUGAGCUCUACGGUGAAGAUAAUCAAUGGAUAUGCUAUGCUGUUUUCCAUACCUUUUAUGCUACUUACAAUUGCCGUCUACCUGUUAAUUCCGGAAUUGCGUAACCAGCAUGGAAAAUCUCUGGUUUGCUAUCUGCUGGGCAUAUCCAUUGGAUAUUCGCUUCUCUGCUGCCUGCUCCUGUUGAAAAACAUCCAUCCGAAUGGGUUGCCUUGCAAGUUGUUUGGCUACACGACCUAUUUCUUCUUCAUGUCCGCCUUCUUCUGGUUGAAUGUGAUUAGCUUUGAUCUGUGGCACAAUUUCCGUGGCACGCGUGGAAUCAAUCGAUUCCAGGAGAAGAAACGCUUCCUGCUCUACUCUCUCUACUCGUGGGGAUCGGCGCUGUGCUUCCUUGUCUUCACUGUGCUCGCGCAGGAGUAUUCGGAUUGGCCAACGGAACUCAAGCCCGGCAUUGGGGGUGGCGAGCUUUGUUGGCUGGAAAUGAGGAACUGGUCGGCGAUGCUGUACUUCUUCGGGCCCAUCCUGAUUAUCAUUGUGGCCAACACCAUAAUGUUUGUGAUGACGGCCUGCAAAAUACACAGCGUGCAGCGCGAAAUGGCAAGAAUAAUUGCUCGGGAGGAUAGCACAAAGAAUCUACGCACCGAGAAGGACAAAAACCUUAUUAGAUUUGGACUUUUCCUGCGACUGUUUCUCAUCAUGGGAGUUACCUGGUCCUCGGAGAUAAUCUCAUACUUUGUCGGCAGCGAUAAGAAGUGGUCGAAGAUAUUCUACGUUUCCGAUCUGUGCAAUGCGAUGCAAGGUUUUCUCAUCUUUAUGCUGUUUGUGCUGAAAAAGAAGGUCAAGCACCUGAUUACCAACAGAUGUUCGAGAGUGCGCGAGGGAAGCAAUCAGCGUCAGAGUCAAUAUUCCACGAAAACCACUUCCAGCAGUGUGGCAAAUUUAUCGCUGCAGGAGAAGAGCUCUGUGGAGAGGCCGCUUGUCUCCACCGUGCCGGAUAAACACUCAGCAGUACCACAACAGCAGCAGCUACAGCAACAGCGCCCCCCAAAACAUAUCUUUAAGUUGGAAUUGGAUUGAAUGAAUAUGUUUGUGGUCUAGUCCAUUGAUGACGUCAUCGUUGCGUCGCACUAAGCAUCGAAUAGCUGGAAUACAAUAUGCAGUGCCUACAGCUCCAGCAGCCAUACUAUUAUAUCGUAGACUUAAAAAAAGACAUUACAUCUAUCUAUCUAUCUAUGUAUAUAUAUAUACAUACAUAUAUAGCUUCCAUAUCUACCUGCUUUUGUGUUUCUAUGUCUUGUGAUUAUACUUCUCCCGUCAGGCACAACGUGUAUCUUUAUAGCAUAUAGUAAAUAUAUCGUUUUGUCAUCCUAUAUCUGAUUUAGAGAAGUAAACCUUAUCAUAUAUCUGAAAUUAUUUUUUAUAAUGUCUAGGCUACUGGUUUGCCAAGAGAUCAAUUUUUUAUAUGUCUGUUUGUAUAUGUAAAACAAAAACUAUU